AUGAGGACUCACACACACUUGGUGAAGCAUAUCACUGAUGAUUCGGUUACCGACAAAACGGAAUACAUUUUUAAUGUCACGUCUGGUGACAACGACGGUGAAAUGCAGUGCGAGAUCGGCGGUGUUACUGUAUCGGCGGUAAUCGAUUCUGGUUCGAAGUACAAUCUGUUGAGCCAAACGAACUGGGAUCAGUUAAAAUCUAAGAAUGUGAAAGUUUCCAACCAACGCCGGGAUGAUCCUACGGUGUUCAAAGCCUACGGAGGGCAAUCGCUUCAAUUGAUUGGCGUAUUUACUGCCGUUCUGAAGAUUGGUACUGCAACAGAAUUAGCAGAUUUCUACGUCGUAAACGGCAGUGGAAAAAUUUUGAUUGGACGCGAUACUGCAACAUCCAUGAGCGUUUUGAAAAUAAGUACUCCUGUGAAUACCAUUGCAAAUACCGAUAAUAAGCUGGGAACAAUAAAAGACGUUGUUAUAGACAUUCCGAUUAAACCUGACGUAACACCUGUUGUUCAACCAUACCGUCGCAUUCCUGUGGCACUAGAAAAGAUGGUUAGUAAGAAGAUCGAUGAGCUCCUAAGCAAAGGAGUGAUAGAACCUGUGAACGGACCUGCCAGAUGGAUUUCUCCGAUCGUUGUGGUACCAAAGGGCGAUGGCAGUGAUGUGCGCAUUUGCGUCGAUAUGCGUCGCGCUAAUGAGGCAAUCGAAAGAGAAAAUCAUCCGUUACCGACCAUCGAAGACUUCCUACCGCACCUGGCGAAAGCGAAAAUAUUUUCUCGUUUAGAUAUUGAGAGUGCUUUCCACCAGGUACGUUAA